AUGUGUGUGAUUGAUAACAAUGUUUAUUUUAUUGAUGCUAUUAACACUUCCAUCAGCUGUCUGUCACCAUCAGGAUCUGUCUCUACAGUCUUCAGUACAGAUUCACUGGUACCAAGAGGAAUCUGUCAGUCAGUGAGUGGUGGACUACUGGUCACCUUGACAGAAGCAACAUUAGAUCUCAACACAUUAGAGUCACACUGCAGAUAUCUGCUGAGACACAUCACAAUGACAGGUGACGUCAUCCAUGAGUAUGAGUACCAGGAGGACGGUGAGACCAAACUGUUAACAUUGCCAUACAGAAUCACUCAGAACGGUAACUGUGAUAUCUGUGUUGCAAACUGUACAAAUGAAUUUACAUGUGUUCUACUGACUAUGUCUCCCUCUGGUCGCAUGAAGUCUGUGUACCAUGGACAGAACCUGACAGAGAACUUUGAUCCAUCUGAUGUGGUGUGUGACUCCCUCUGUAACAUCCUUGUUACUGACCCACGUAACAAACAGAUCCAUCUGCUGAGUCCUGAUGGAGAGUUCUUAAAGUUCUUACUGACAGACAAUGAAGUGAAUCAUCCAGUCAAAUUAUCACUGUACAAGUCUACAUUGUGGGUGGGAUAUGAUGAAGGACUUGUCAAAGUAUUUCAAUACAGUGUUUAA